CGUGCACCGCGACCUCAAGCCUGGCAACAUCCUCGUGGGGGAGCACUUCCAGGCCAAGAUAGCGGACUUUGGGUUGCUGAAGCAGCUGAGCCUUGCAGGGGGGGCGGAUGACCGCACUCGAGUAGCCGGGACUCCGGGCUACGUGGACCCGGAUUACAACCGCUCCCAAGUGGUGUCGGAAAAGAGUGACGUGUACAGCUUUGGCGUGGUGCUGCUGGAGCUCUUGACUGGGCAGAAGACACACGUGAAAGGAACCGACCGACAUAUUUGUGAAUGGGCAGCCAAGAAGGUGCAGAUGUACGAGUUUGGGUUGCUCAAGGACGCGGCUCUGGAUGCCCCGGAAGAUGCGGUAGUGGAGUUUGCCGACAUCGCGCUCGACUGUGUCAAGGUGCCCGGCUCCCGCCGGCCUCUCAUGAAGGACGUCGCGCGCCGCCUGCAGGCGCUCCUCACCAAGUACUGCGAUGAUCAUGAAGUCUCGAAUGUUGAAUUGAGCGCGCUCACGGAGGAGAGCAUCCAGGACAGGUCGAGGGGUGGUGGAAGUAGUAGUGGGGAUACCUUUGGAAGGAGCGAGCUGUCAGAGGAACGAAAUGCAGGGCUGGCUGCUGGGUUUUUGACUCGGGUUUUCUCCAAGAAGUGGCGUGUGUAAUGGGGAGCACAAACUCUUUGGCAUGGUUUGCAAGUGCCGACUUUCCAUAAGCGGUUAUCUCCACUGCAUAAAGAAACUGUUAUGCAGCUUCUAUAGUGUAUCGCAGUUCUGUGCCAAGACCGUUUGCUUCUUGUUGGAAAUGCCUCGAAGACUUAAGCGUUUCUGAAGUGUAACACUACACUGGAGGAAAGUCAUAUCGGGUACGCGAGUCAACGGAGGUUACACGAGGAGGUUGGACGAAAGAACACAAAAGGGCGAAG